GUCACGUGAUGGUGCUAUCAUGGCGGCGGCCAGAGGCCAGCCCGACUCCCGGAAGCUGGCUUUGAGGGGCGGGAGCGCUGCUGGAACCCGAGCCGGAGCCUCAGCCGGAGCUACAGUGAGGAGGGCGGCCGGGCGGCCUGGAGCCGGACGCGUCCGGAGCGUCCCCGUAGACCGGGACAGCAGGUCGUCCGGGGGCCCACCAUGCUGGUGACCGCCUACCUCGCCUUUGUUGGCCUCCUGGCCUCCUGCCUGGGGCUGGAACUGUCAAGAUGCCGGUCUAAGCCCCCUGGAAGAGUCUGCAGCAAUCCCUCUUUCCUUCGGUUUCAGUUGGACUUUUAUCAAGUCUACUUCCUGGCCCUAGCAGCUGAUUGGCUCCAGGCUCCCUACCUCUAUAAACUGUAUCAGCAUUACCACUUUUUGGAGGGUCAGAUUGCCAUCUUCUAUGUCUGUGGCCUUGCCUCCACAGUCCUCUUUGGCCUGGUGGCUUCCUCCCUAGUGGAUUGGCUGGGUCGCAAGAAGUCUUGUGUCCUCUUCUCCCUCACUUACUCUCUAUGCUGCCUAACUAAACUGUCUCGGGAUUAUUUUGUGCUGCUGCUAGGCCGAGCUCUUGGUGGCCUGUCCACAGCUCUACUCUUUUCAGCCUUCGAAGCCUGGUACAUUCAUGAGCACGUGGAGCGGCAUGACUUUCCUAGUGAGUGGAUCCCAGCUACUUUUGCCCGAGUUGCCUUCUGGAACCAUGUGCUGGCUAUAGUAGCAGGUGUGGCAGCCGAAGCUGUGGCCAGCUGGAUGGGGCUGGGGCCUGUAGCGCCCUUUGUCGCUGCCAUUCCUCUUCUGGCUCUGGCUGGAACAUUGGCCCUUCGCAACUGGGGAGAGAAUUAUGACCGGCAGCGUGCCUUCUCAAGGACCUGUGCUGGGGGCCUGCGUUGCCUCCUGUCAGACCGUCGUGUGCUAUUGCUGGGCACCAUACAAGCCCUCUUUGAGAGUGUCAUCUUCAUCUUCAUUUUCCUUUGGACACCUGUGUUGCACCCACAUGGAGCACCACUGGGCAUUGUCUUCUCCAGCUUCAUGGCAGCAAGCCUGCUUGGUUCUUCCUUGUACCGCAUUGCCACCUCCAAGAGAUACCACCUUCAGCCCAUGCACCUACUCUCCCUGGCUGUCCUCAUCGUCGUCUUCUCCCUCUUCAUGCUGACUUUCUCCACCAGCCCAGGCCAAGAGAGCCCAGUGGAGUCCUUCAUAGCCUUCCUGCUUAUUGAGUUGGCCUGUGGGCUGUACUUUCCCAGCAUGAGCUUCCUGCGGAGAAAGGUGAUCCCUGAGACAGAGCAGGCUGGUGUCCUCAACUGGUUCCGAGUGCCGCUGCACCUGUUGGCCUGCCUGGGACUCCUUAUCCUCCAUGACAGUGAUCGCAAAACAGGGACACGGAACAUGUUCAGCAUCUGCUCUGCUGUCAUGGUAAUGGCACUGUUGGCAGUUGUGGGCCUUUUCACUGUGGUACGGCAUGAUGCUGAACUGCGGGUACCCUCUCCUACAGGAGAGUCCUAUGCCCCAGAGCUCUAAUCCUGUUCUAGGAUCACGACAUCAGGAUAGAUGCUUGAAUUCCACCCCUCUAGGGUUGUACAGAUCUGUAUUUGACUUUGCGACUCUUGGCCCCCUCAGCCUGUCCUGGGGCCCUUCCUGCCAGUUCUUUGGGUUAGGGGAGACAUGGGGAUGAUGGGCUGGAAUGAACGUGCCAAGAGUUCUCUGUGUUAUUCCCUUUGCCCUUGCCAUUUUAAAAUAAACUGUUUUAUCUGAUCA